AGCAACACGACGCCUGGCGCUGACGACUUUAGUGAGUCCGCUGGUGGUGGCAUGCAAGGGCUUGCCAUCAGUGUAGCCGACCGACACCCCAGAGAAAGCGGGAUGGCCGCCAUGCGUGGUGGCUACGAGGGCCAGGCCCCUUCACAAUAUCCACAGGAUAGGACGCCUCCUCAGUACCAGCAACAGCCACAUGGAGGCUAUUACGAGCAGACCCCUGGCUACGGCGGUCCCCAGGGUGGCUAUGGGACACCGCAAAGCUCGUCAUCACCGAGCCUGACGCCCAUGGGCGCGGCUGCCUUCCCUUCAGGCCGCAACACGCCAUCGAGGAGUAACAACAGCCUGUACAGCCACUCGAGUGACCCAUUUACCGACGCGCACAUGGCGUAUGGUCAACGCCUGGACCCCAAUCUUGGCCACGUCAACCCCAAUGACAUUGAUGACGAUGGGGACGAUGGUAUGACCUACGCACGUCCCACCCGCAACAGCUUGCUGAGUCUGGGCAACUCGAGCAGAGGCAACGUUGGUGGUGGCGCUGCCGCUGGUGGUGUGGUGGGCGGCAUGAUGGGUCGCAACCGCAACAGCGGCGCCAACUACGAUCCCGUCAGCAACCCCAGCACACCAUACAUGGCUGGUGCCGGCCGGUCAGGAGGAGCCGCCGAGAAGUCGGCAUGGAUGGCCAAGAAGGAGAAGAGCAAGAAGCGCCGGAGGUGGGCCGUCAUCAUCGCCGUCACCAUCGUCAUUAUUGGCGCUAUCGCUGGUGGUGUUAUUGGUGGUCUCUACUCGCAGAACGGCAUUCUUGGGGGUGGUGGAGGUGGCGGCAAGGGCGGCGCCGGUGGCGGUCACAGUGGCCAGUCCGCUGGCGACGACAUCUCGGAGAAUGGCGAUCUGGACAUCAACUCGUCUGAAAUCAAGGCUCUGAUGAACAACCCGGACCUGCACAAGGUUUUCCCCGGAGUGGACUACACCCCUCUCAAUGUCCAGUACCCAGACUGUCUCCACAAUCCGCCGUCACAGAACAACGUCACCCGCGACAUUGCCGUCAUCUCUCAGCUUACCAACACCGUCCGUCUUUACGGCACGGACUGCAACCAAACCGAAAUGACAAUUCACGCCAUUCAGCAACUCAAGCUGCAGGAUAGCAUGAAGAUCUGGAUGGGUGUAUGGCAGGACGGCAACACGACCACGAACAGCCGGCAGCUCAGCCAGAUGUGGCAUAUUCUCGACCAGUACGGAUCCGACCACUUCAAGGGCGUUAUUGUCGCCAACGAGAUUCUGUUCCGCGAGCAAAUGACGCUCACCGAGCUGAGCGAUCUGCUGCAGACUGUCCGCCAGAAUCUCACUUCGCACGGCUGGACGUUGCCUGUCGCCACCAGUGAUCUUGGCGAUGACUGGACGGCUGGUCUCGGCCAGGCAAGCGACUACAUCAUGUCCAACAUCCACCCAUUCUUUGGUGGCAUGCCUGCCAGAGAAGCUGCCAGCUGGACGUGGUCGUUCUGGGAGAACCAGAACAAGGCCUUCUGGAAGGCGGACAAGGAGAAGAACAUCAUUGCAGAGAUCGGCUGGCCUACCAAGGGAGGCAAAAAGUGCCCCGGGACUCAGACGACCUGUGACGACCCGUCUGUCGCCAGCGUCGACGGCCUCAACCAGCUCCUUGAAGACUGGGUCUGCUCGGCGCUGACCAACGGAACCAACUACUUUUGGUUUGAACUUUUCGAUGAGCCGUGGAAGAUCUCGUUCAACGAGCCCGGCAAGGAGUGGGAGGACCAGUGGGGCCUGAUGGAUGUGAACCGCAACCUGAAGACCGGCGUCAAGAUCCCCGACUGCGGCGGUCGGACUGUCUAA